ACCAAAGCAUUAAACAAAAUUUAUUACGCACGGUAGAACAACAAGCAAGUAAAAUUCUUACGUCGGCUACUACCAAUUCAUCGAAAAAAUCUUUCAAUCAGCGAUUUAUGCAGGCAUGGGAUGACAUUGAUGCAAGCAAUGUUUUCUCAAGAGAAAGGAGAGCUACAGAAGCACUUAGCCUUGGUACAAGUGUAGUAGCACUGGGUACAUCAGCAUACAAUACUAUUGAAAUAUUAAGUGUGAAGGACACUGAACAACAAAUUCUAGAUCAUAUUCUAUCAGAUGAUAAAAUACUUCAAUCAACUGUAGCAAAUAUCGUUUCGCUAACUGAUACUCAAGUAGCCGUGGUCGAGGAACUGGGUCAAACGCGUCAUUCAUUGACAAUAUUACAGGAUCGUUUAGUCUAUUUGUAUAAUGGCUUCAAAACAUUACAAAAAGUGAUAAACACUGUCGUACAACAGUCGAUACCAAUACUCGAAAAUGAAUUACAUUAUGAUAAAAUUCAUCGUUCAUUGGAUAAUCUAUUAAAAGGACAAAAAAAUUUUGAUUAUUUGUCUCGGAAUGAACUUCAUCAAGUUAUCGAUCGAAUAUUUAAGCAGUCAGAAAAAAUUCUUUCAUUAUUCGACAUACCAUUGAUGAUUCUUAUCAACCGUUUAGUGGCAUUACAAUCAUUUCAUUUUGCUUUUAACAAUGACGAUAAUACGAAUGGCAACAGCCAUGAAUCACAAAAUGAAGCUAUACCAGCAAUAUACCGAUUAGGAAACUUGAUCAUCUCGAAUGUUGUCUUUAUUCAUCGAGUACGACCAUCCAUACCUGUCUAUCAAGUCUUUAAUACACCAUUCUUCUCAUCGAAUGCCUCUUACCAAGUGUAUAAUCUACCACGCUAUAUCGGUAUUGACUAUAAAAAUAAUCAAUCAUUAGCCUGGUAUUCAGGUGAUAACAACAUCAACACAUGUCACUUCGGUAAAAUUACCUUUUGUCAUGUUCUACCACCAGUUGCUUAUCAAAGAAUUGAGCAUGGAUGUUUAAAUAAAAUGUUUAUUGAGAAUCAAAGUAGUCUGUGCUCAUUCGUUGAAUCCUCAUUCAAAUCUCCCUAUGAUGAAUUAUCCACUACACCAACUCUUUGCUCAAAUACAUCGUCAUCACAAAAUCAAACAACGAGAUUAAGGUCUUUUACUAUUAAUAUUUGUGACUUUACUCAACAAGGUCUCAAACUGAAUAAUAAAUUGACUAUCAAUGCAACAGUGAGACUCAUUCAAGAAACAUUAAAAUUAAAAUACGAUGAGACCUGCGAUAGAAGUGUACUAACGGACAUUGUGAAAUCAUCAAUGAUUAAGUUGGCAGCACAACGUGAAACAAAUGAGGAAAACGUAAAAGGAGAAAUUACCUUAAUGUUAUCGGUGCAAAACAUUCAGAAGGAAAAGGACAAUCUGAAAUCAAAAAUUCAGCAUCGUGGUAAGGCGUUUAUUGAUACAAGUGGACGAGUAUUUCGCGCAAUAAAAAGCAAACUAAACACUGAUGAGAAAACAACCAGUUCUAUAGUAGAAGAUAAAGAGAAGAAAAAAGCUGGAAGAAGAAGAAUGUUGAAGGAAAAUGAAUUAAUUAUGAAGAUCGAUAUUUCGUCAUUCAUCGAAAAAGACGAGAGUCUUCAAGAUGAAGAACACAUAUUACAACUAAUAAAAUUUGUUAAGACAAUUGUGACCGACAAUAACUUAGCAUUUUCAACAAUUACAAUCGAAAAACAGAUACGAAAUCAACUUAGUAAACUCAAAUAUCAGCAUGUGCAAGCACGUAAAUCAAGAAAACAACGAACAUCGUUGCUCUGGCCUACUAAAAUAAUAGCUAUUAAGCUGGCAAGUCAGAACGACGAAAUUUCCAAUUCAUUGAACAAAACAUUCAUUUUCAAUAUUGACAGCACGAAUAUUAAGGAUACAAAUUUGAACCCGCUUAAUCAUGAUGAAAUAGAUUUGCAUUCAUUUACUCUUGAUGACAUUAGCUGUUUGACUGAUCAUAACGAAGAAGAACUAUUUAUCGAUAAAUCAGUCGUGACAAUCUUAUCGGAAGAUGAUAUACGUGUAUCCAUCGAUUAUUCUAUACUUCCAUAUUUGAGGAGGGACGAUACUACAUUCGCAAAUUUCAUACGAACAAUCAAGAGUCGAUUAAUUGAUCUCAAUAUUUCUGAACAACGUAUUAACUGGUCAUCAAUCCAGAAAUCGUUAAUUAAACGUCUGAGUGUUGUUCAGCUUAGCGAAGAUACCCAGACGAAUAAAAUAAUUACAUUCGCGUUUAAACUUGUAUCAAUGAAUGAGGUAAAUUAUUUUUAG